GUGCGACUCGUGCGACUAAAAAACCGAGGAAGUGAAGUAUAUUUUAUCUCUCCUUACAGAAGAGAGAGAGUGACAUAAAAAAAAAUCUCCAUUGAAACGUGAAAAAAGCUCAAGUGUCUCUCUCUUUCUUUUUCUUCAUCAUUGAUCAUCUUCACUAGCUGUAGUGAGGAUUUUGAGAUAAGAGAGAGAUCAAGCGGAGUAAUAAUGGCGCAGAGUAAUUGGGAAGCUGAUAAGAUGUUGGAUGUUUACAUCCAUGAUUAUUUGUUGAAAAGAAAAUUGCAUAAUUCUGCCAAAGCAUUUAUGCUAGAAGGGAAGGUGGCUACUGAUCCAGUUGCUAUUGAUGCUCCUGGCGGGUUUCUCUUUGAAUGGUGGUCUGUCUUCUGGGACAUCUUUAUCGCUAGAACAAAUGAAAAGCAUUCUGAGCCAGCGGCGGCUUAUAUUGAGACACAACAGAUGAAAACUAGAGAGCAGCAGCAGCUGCAAAUGCAGCAGUUGCAACUCAUGCAGCAGCGCAAUGCCCAGAUGCAGAGAGGUGGUCCUAAUCAUUCGUCCCUUGGAGGUCCCGUGAAUGGUAUUAUGGACAACAGGAUGGCCAUCCUCAAAUCAGCUAGCAAUCAGCAAGGCCAGUUGAUCCAAGGUAAUUCUGGAAGUAUGUCUGCAGCUUUGCAGCAAAUUCAGGCACGACCUCAUAUGACUACUGACCUCAAAAGUGAGGUGAACAUUGGUGGAGGUCAAAAGUCUUUGCCCAUGGACCCUUCCUCAAUAUAUGGUCAGGCGAUUUUGCAAUCAAAGUCGGGUCUAGGGGGUGCAGGUUUGAAUUCUGGCAUCAACGGUCUUCCUUUGAAGGGUUGGCCCCUUACUGGAAUUGACAACUUGAGGAUGCAAACACCGAAGCCUCUGAUUCAAAAUCAAAUGCUUUUGGCGGCACAGCAGCAACAAGUCCUGUCUCAGGGUCAGGCGCAAAACAACCUUGGAAGCCCACCCAGCUAUGGAGAUAAUGAUCCUAGAAGAUUUGGUGGUUUGCCAAAGGGUAGCUUGAAUACAAAAGAAGCUCAAUCUGCAAGAAAUGAUGUCUGCUCUCCAAUGCAAUCAAAUUCACCGCAGAUGAAAAUGAGUCAGAUUCAGCAAUCUUCUUCUCAGCAGCAAGACCAAUUACAACAGCAGCAAUUACAACAGAAUAACAGAAAAAGAAAACAACAUUCUUCUUCUGGACCUGCAAACAGUACAGGCACAGGCAACACGGUAGGCCCUUCACCUAAUUCUCCUCCAUCAACUCAUACACCUGGUGAUGGAAUCGGACCAGCAAACAGUAUGCAGCAGGUUAACAGCAUGCCUAAAAGCUUAAUGAUGUAUGGUGCUGAAGGAACUGGAGCGCUGGCUUCAUCUUCAAAUCAGCUGGAUGAUAUAGAGCAGUUUGGAGAUGUUGGCUCUUUAGAUGAUAAUGUGGAGUCGUUCCUGUCACAUGAUGGAGGAGAUGGAAAGGAUCUCUAUGGAACACUUAAGCAAAGUCCAGCUGAGCCCAAAGCAGAGCCCUCCAAGGGCUUUUCGUUUUCUGAAGUGGGAUGUAUACGUACGAGGAAUAAGGUCACUAGCUGUCAUUUUUCUUCAGAUGGGAAGUACCUGGCUAGUGCUGGACAUGACAAGAAGGCUGUGCUCUGGAACAUGGAUAAUUUGCAAACAGAGAGUACUCUUGAAGAUCAUCAGCUUAUAAUCACAGAUGUUCGUUUCAGGCCAAAUUCUACCCAUCUAGCAACUGCUUCAUUUGAUGGAUCUGUGAGACUAUGGGAUGCUUCCAAUCCUAGCUAUUGCAUGAAUGUCUACACCGGAAGAGGAAACCCUGUUAUGUCUCUUGAUUUUCAUCCUAAGAAAAAUGAUCUUUUCUGUUUUUGCGACAGUAACAAUGAAAUUCACUACUGGAGCAUAAGUCCAUUUGCACCAAUGCGUAUGUCCAAGGGAGGUACUGCACAAGUGAGAUUCCAACCAAGAGUCGGACAGCUUCUUGCAGCUGCAUCAGAUAAAGUUGUUACCAUUUUUGAUGUUGAGUCAGACAGGACGAUACACUCUUUCCAGCCACACUCUGAUGUUGUGAACUACAUUUGCUGGGAUUCAAGUGGAGAACUUCUGGCUUCUGUCAGUCAGGAUAGUGUUAAAGUUUGGUCGUUGAGUUCCGGAGAAUGCAUACAUGAGCUGGGCGCAACUGGGAAUCAGUUCCAUUCUUGUGUAUUUCAUCCCAGUUUUCCAACACUUCUGGUGGUUGGAGGAGCAAGGUCCUUGGAGUUGUGGAACAUGGCUGAAAAUAGGAGCAUGACAGUCUCAGCACACGAUAACAUUGUAUCAGCUUUGGCAGCGUCUGUCACUGGUAUGAUUGCCUCAGCAGGGCAUGAUUACUCUGUUAAGCUGUGGAAAUGAAAAGGGUCGUUAUGAGUAAUUUCCUAUGAUCCUAACAAGUAUUGUUCCAAAAGUUCAUAAAAUUCCGGGAAGUAAAUGCUCGUGCUCCAGAAUGUAAUAGUUGCUCUAUCUCGUUGUAAUGAAUCAUACGGGAGUUGAGCCAAGUCGGAGUGUUGAUGGAGAUAUAGAAGAUGACAGAGACUAUGUUUCCUGAAAAAGUUGCUAGCACCGCCUUUUAAUGUUUAUUUUUUAGCUUGUCUUGUAUUUGGCUUGUACUUGUGUAGUUUAAUUUAUUAUGUUCAAAUUUCCUUCCCCGUCUCUCCUAUUUAUGUUACUCCUACUUAAUUAUGUUCAAUUUUUGUUAGUUUUCUGUCGGUAGAAUGUUUUUUCUGAAGACGGCAGCUAUGAACUUGUAAAGUCUUGGUCUUGUAACACUUUUCUAUAUGAUUCUUAGUUGUUUGAUAAUGCAUUUUGUUCUAUCGGCGCUAAGGCGUAUGUCAAGACUCA